AUGAACAUGACAUUUGCAGCAGUCGACCAGCCUCCACCACCUCUCACAAGAGGAAACUCGGUCGUCUCUCUCUAUCAGUCCUGCCUCAACCUCAUCGAACGACUCUCGGGCGUACCUGACUUUGAAGAGUACCUCAACCCUGAAAUCCUCCAAAACACCCUGGUUGGCUCCCCCUCCAGCUCAGGACCCAACGACCCCGUCAAUCAGCUCUGGAUUCUCUUCCGACUCGGUUCCCCCCUCGCCUGUAUCUUCAACGGUCUCCGUCCCAAGGAGCCCCUCAAGAUCAACAACGCCGACAACAACCUCAGCAACGUCAAUGCCUGCAAGGCCACCGUCUUCCGCUUCUUAGUUGCCUGUCGCCAGGAGCUCCAGUUCAGCGAAGAGAACCUCUUCACCAUCUCCGAACUCUACCAGGACGACACCAAUGGAUUCGUCAAGGUCAUUAAAACUGUGAGCAUGGUGUUGGAUCGCAUGGAAGACCAGGGUCUGCUCCGUGCCAGACGCACCAAGCGCAACUCGGACCCAGCCAAGCCCACUGAUAACCGUGCCAAGGUCGUCAACGAGAUCCUCGAGACUGAGCGUAGCUUUGUCCAGGAUUUGGAGAAACUUCAGGCCUACAUGCGCGCCCUCCAGAGCGACGGAACCAUCAUCUCGCCCGAGACCAUCCAUCUUAUCUUUGCCAACCUCAAUGCCCUCGUCGACUUUCAGCGCCGCUUCCUCAUCGCCGUCGAAACCCAAGCCGCCUUCCCUCCCCAGGACCAGAACUUUGGCCAGUGCUUCUUGACCCAUGAGGACGCUUUUGCUGUCUACGAGCCCUUCUGCGCCAACUUUAACGAGGCCAGCAAACUGAUUCUCAGCGAGGCUCCCAAGCUCCAGAAAAUGUCCCACAUGAUGGAACCUAUUCACGGAAUCACCUCUCAAUUGAUCAAGCCCGUCCAGCGUAUCUGCAAAUAUCCCCUGUUCAUGCACGAGUUGAUCAAGUUGACCGACCCCGAAUUCCCCUACUACCGCGAUCUCGUCGAUGGUCAAGGCGCCAUCAAGCGUGUCGCCGACCGCAUCAACGAGACCAACCGCAAGCAGGAUAACCACUUGAUCGCCCAAGCAUUGCAGCACAAGGUUACCUGGAAGGACGGGGAGUUUGUCUCCGACUUUGGUACCCUUCUUUUGCACGACAAGCUCUUGAACCCCCGCGGCUCAUCUGACAAGGAGCUUGAGGUCUAUCUCUUUGAGAAGAUUCUCCUCUGCUGUCAAGAGAUCCCCCAAAAGAAGAAGCAGCCUCGCGGUGCCCGUCCCAAGCCCACUCUCCACUUGAACGGCCGUAUCUACAUCAACAACAUCAAGUCUAUCCUCCCCGUCUCCUCCGCCGGCUCAUAUGUCCUCCACGUCGUCUGGAAUGUUGCCGCCGAGGAAUUCGAGUUGCGCUGUCGCAACGACGAUCAGCUCAAGAAGUGGCACAGCGUCCUCGACAAGCUCGUCACUGAGGCCAAUUCCCAAAAGACCAACAUUGUCUCGACCACCACUUUCAUCGGCAUGCCCACCAUGACCCCCGAACAGAGCUCCUUCUACCGCGAGGACGACGAAUAUUUGGAUGACGAUGUCGACGGUGACGAGGACGAUAUCUAUGAUGAGCCCCGUUACAACCGCAGCAACUCUCUCCCCUUUGGUCUUAUCCCCCAACCCACCAUGCUCGGUUCUCGACCCAGGGCCAAGACCGAAGAUGGCUCUGUGCCCCCAGUCGGUCCAUACGGUCGCGUUGGUGGUUACACUGCCCAUGCUGCCGCCAACGGACGCCCCUCUCCCCCAGGCAUGUCCCUCCCUCCUCUGCCUCGCACAACCAGCAGCUCCAGCACGGCCAUGGGUGUCAUGUCCCCAGGAGAGUACCCCUAUUCUCCUCCUUCGUCCUACCCUGCCUCGCCCACCGUCUCCACCCCUCGCGGAUCGACAAGCAGCAGCAACUCUUACCAACGUCGCAGCAACGGCGAUGGACACUCACCCAUGUCAGACACCAUGUCCAAGUUUAUGUCUCAUGAUGGCUCGGAUGAUUAUACCCCUGGACAGCCCCUCUCCAGAAACGCCUCGACCGGCUACGCGUACAAUGUCACGCCAUCAGCAGCCCCACCAGUACCCCCAAUUCCAGGACAGCUUCGCGUUCGUGCCCAGAGCAGUCCCAACAUCCACGCCGCCAACCCAUCGUGGCACAACGCCCCCGAUAUGCCUACCCCUUUGGCCCACCAUCGUCGCCCCUCCAACGCCAGUGGACCAAACUCGCCCACAGCGCCUUACUCCGGUGCCAACUACCCCAAUAUUCCCGCUGUGCCCACCAUCCCUUCGCGCCACAGUUCUCCUCGCCCUGAUGUCAGCCGCACCUUGCGCCAGCAGCCUUCGAACAGCAAUUUGAGCGCCGGUGUUCCUCAGCUCAAGAUCAAAGUCAACUUCCAAGAGGAUGCCUAUCUGAUCGUCGUUCCCAUCCAGAUCGGAUACAACGAGUUGAUUGAGCGUGUCGAGAAGAAGAUUCGCCUCUGCGGCUGCCGUCGUUCGGACUCCCAGCCCUUGCGUCUCCGCUACAAGGACGAGGACAACGACUAUAUCAUCAUGAAGGACGACGAUGAUAUCUCUCUUGCCUUUGAGAGCUGUUAUGCCGAGGGUGUUAUGAACUUGCACGUCAGCUAG